GCAUGAUGGGAACAGGGUGCUGAGCCUUCCGGGCGUUGAGCCUUCCUGCUGUGUACACUAAACUCCCUAUUUCCAUCUCUUAUAUCUAACCUACUGUUACCUAAUAAUGUCUCUGUGCCUUUCUAGAUUUCUCUCUGGUGUCCAUCUCGGGGCUUUCUGGAACCUUCCACACCCUUCCUCGCCGCGUCUUUGUGGGGACUGUAUACGUGGAUGUCUGUUCAGUGGUGGCUACCAGGGAAACGUCAGGGCCAAGGUGCCGCCCAGUUCUUGCUCAGGGACAAAGACCUGAACUGGGAACCCGAGGAAGGAUGGUGCUCCUGACCACACGUGUUUGGGGGCUCUACCUGCAGUCAACUUUCUCCAUCCUACCCUCGAGUGACCCAGUCCAGAAAUCACGAAUUUUCAGCCUGCUACUGCCUCAUAUUCUCAUGAAGGGUGUUUGAUGUUGUGAGUGAAGGCCACAUGUUUGGGGUCCGUACAGUACUCCAUAGGGCAUCUGGACGUGGGCAUGUCUGUCUGCCAUCCCCUUGGAGCAUGUGACUAGAAAUGGACAGCAUGUCUACAGUCCAGGUAGUUUACAACUGUGUUCCAGAGAGGCUCUGGCAUUUCCUGAGAAGCUGAUCUGGGCUUUUCCUGUGAGAAGAUCAGUAAUGCUGUGUGCGAGGGGAACUUCACCUGCAAGGACAACGAGGUGUGCGUCAGGCCCAAUGAAUGCCGCUGCCGUCACGGGUACUUUGGUGCCAACUGCGAAACCAAAUGCCCCCGCCAGUUCUGGGGUCCCGACUGCAAGGAGAUGUGCCGGUGCCACCCCAACGGGCAGUGCGAGGACGUGACCGGGCAGUGCACCUGCAACGCCAACCGCUGGGGUCCCAAGUGCGAGAACGCCUGCUUGUGCAAGCACGGCAAAUGCGACCCGAAGACGGGCAAGUGCUCCUGCGAGCCCAACUGGUGGGGGGCCCAGUGCUCCAGCGCCUGCUACUGCAGCCUCAACUCGCAGUGUGACCAGCAGACGGGCAACUGCCUCUGCCAGCCGGGCUGGUGGGGCCGCAGCUGCAACAACCAGUGCGCUUGCAACAACUCCCCCUGCGAGCAGUUCACCGGCCGCUGCCAGUGCCGCGGGCGCACCUUCGGCCCCCGCUGCGACCGCUACUGCCAGUGCCACAUGGGCAAGUGCAACCAGGUCGACGGCACGUGUGCCUGCGAGCCGGGCUACCGGGGCAAGUUCUGCCGAGAGCCUUGCCCGGCCGGCUUCUACGGGCAGGGCUGCAGGAGGCGCUGCGGGCAGUGCAAAGAGUUACAGCCAUGCACGAUCGUGGACGGGCGCUGCCUGGCGUGUGAGGCGGGCUGGAACGGCACCAAGUGCGACCAGAUUUGCUCCGCGGGCUUUUACGGCGAGGGCUGCGACCAGAUCUGCCCCCCCUGCAAGGAUGGCCACACCUGCAACCAUAUCAAUGGCAAGUGUUCACACUGCAAUCCCGGCUGGAUCGGAGACAGGUGUGAGACCAAGUGUCGCAACGGAACCUACGGCGAAAACUGUGCCUUUGUCUGCAACGAUUGCUUCAACGGCGAGUGCCACUUUGAGACAGGACGGUGCCUCUGCAGGGCAGGCUUUCACGGGAUUUCCUGUAACCUGACCUGCCCCGUGGGCCAUUACGGCGUGAACUGCGCGGAGUCUUGCAACUGCCACGAGGAUUCAUGCAACCCCUUGACUGGAAGCUGCCACAUGGAGGCCAACCAGCGGAUCGGGGUCGUCGGAGCUGUGGCCCUCUUGGCCUUGCUGCUCAUCCUGCUGCUCUCGCUUCUAAGCUGCUGCUGCGUUUGUCGCAAGAAGGACCACGCUCGGGACACAAGCCAGAAUGCCGCCUACAAGAAGUCCCCAAGAUGCCUCUGUGGCAGGUUCAGCCGCAUCAGCAUGAAGCUCCCACGGAUUCCUCUCCGCCGUCAGAAGCUGCCAAAAGUCGUAGUGGCCCACCACGACCUGGAAAACACCAUGAACUGCAGCUUCAUUGAGCCCCCUUCUGUGGUGGAGCAGCCGUCCCCCUCCUGGUCCUCCCGCGGUUCCUUCUCAUCCUUCGACACCACAGAUGAGGGACCGGUUUACUGCGUACCGCAUGAAGAGAGCGUGAACGACAGCAAAGACAGAGUCUCUGCCUCUUGCAACCCAGUGGAGAAGGUGGCACCACCCAUCGGCGAGGAGGAAGCCGGGGAGUACACCGUCUUGAAAGAGAGCAGCUCCAUCCAAGCUGACAGCAGCGAGACGCCCUUGCUCAAGUCCUCCGAUAGCGAGCACUCUUCAUGCGGCUCGGGCUCUGUCAGCGGGGCGCUCUACGCCCGGAUCGCUCGCCUCUCCAAGCAGUCCAAAGACGACGACGAAAGUGCUGCCGAAAGCAAGAGUGCCAAGCCCCCAUCCCCGGAGAGAGCCAAGCCCCCUCCCCCGGACCCCUCGACGAAGCCCAAGAUCUCUUGGAUCCACAGCAAAUACAACUCGAACCAAUCCAACUCCUUGCCUGCCAUCGGAAUGGCCGAUCCCUCCGAGCACAAGCAAGGCCUGGCCAAGAGGAAGCGCAGCCCCAGCGAGACGUCGGCCGGGGCGCAUGCCAAGUCUGACGAGAGGGCAGCUGCCAGGGGCAAAGAGAAGGCCCCGAAGCAUCCUAAGGAUCUGAGCUCCCCCGAAGGCAGGGGCCCCUCCGCCUCUGGGGACCAGCCAUCACCGUCCAGGCCCAAGCAGAGGCACAAGACCAGUUCCGAGCAAAUGGAGAACUUCAAUGGGGCCGUCCAGAACGUGAUCAAGAAGAUGGGGAGCUAUGCCCCAGACCGGAAAGGGGGCGAGGCCCCCAAGAGCCCCGGCCACAGCAAGCCCCGCUCCGAGGUCAUCCACCCGCACUUGUCGUUGGAAGCGGCCACACUGCUGGCCGCGCAGCUGAAGGAAAAGACUCAAAGCCUCAACAGGGGCGAUGGGGGGGUGAGGCAGAACGGGGUGAGCCCCCUGCCAGCCCAGCGGGAGAAACCAACUCCCCCGCAGAAGGCCAAGCGCUCCGUGGCCACCAGCAGCCAGAAGUCCGGCAAGCCGGUGCUGCCCACUUCCCCCAACCUGCAGAAACUGAUCAGCCCCAUUGCGGAGGCCCCAGCUGGGGACCCCAAACGGUCGGAGAAGUGGAGCUCUGCCAGCAGCCAAGAGCCAGUGCCCGUCCCUGGUGAGCAAGCGGCCAAGAAAACUCCCAUUAAAAAGCCGCCCAGGAAGAAGACCAGAGAGGUCGCCACAGACCAGCCCAAAGCGGCCACGACGCCAACUCAGACUGUGCCGUAAAGCGGGGGUGGGGGGUGGGGUGUCAUUGGAGUCCCACGAAGAGGAAACAGGCCUGAGGGAUUGGGAAGGGAGGGGCAGGAUCCGUCUCGUGGCAAAGUAAGGCGCCGGAGAAGACCCGGAGUGUGCCUCCCACACCGAGACGUGGACCUUGACGCCAAAGGAGGCUUUCUCCACCAGCGAAAGACCCAAAGCACUUCUGGUUUCAUUCCCCCUUUGUGGAGCGGGGGGCGGGGCGGGGGCAUUUCGUGGACCAAGCGCUGGCGCCUGGGGCUCUGAGUGGGGGCGGGGGGCGGGGUUAGCAGGGUGGGUUGGGCCUUAUUUGUACCCAUAUUAUAAUUGCAUACGCCAUGCUUCUCUCCCUAGAAAUGUCCAAAUUGUUAAAAUCUGCAGAAUGGAGGUAGCUGGGUUUCUGUAUCCUUGUCAAGUCUGGGGACAAAGGCCACAGCAGCCGUGGCCAUAGCUCCGUGGGUUUCGAGGUGGGAGGCGACCUUCUUGUGUCUCUGACCCACGUGUUCAGGCCUCGCCCUGGGCCUGAAGAGUCAGCACGCCAGGCCCCACCUGACAGGACACGCCAAGGCCAGAACCGCUCCCCGUGGCGGAGAUGUGGGCACUGUCCUCCCAAGCAGCCGGGCUGCCUUGAGCUGGCUUUGACAGACGCCCCUUUUGGUAUUGACAAGAUGGCCGCCACGAAGGCCACGGGUCCUGGCUAUGACAAGGGCAGUUUGGUACGCAAGUCUAGCAUCUCCAUUGAAAGCUUCCUCAAUUAGAAAAAAAAAUGUAUUUCUAUCUCUGACUGUGCGUGGUUUCUGUGCCUUUCCUUGUUCCUGUUUGCCUCUUUAUCACUAUCGCAUUUCCUCACCGACCUUACUCCCCUCCAAGGUACCAGGGCCCUG